AGUCGUCUCAAGGACCGAGAACAAUAAUAAACAGGUCUCUCUCGGUAGCGCAACGUUUGAAAUCGUAGAGGACGCAGAUUUCGCGCGUAAAGGCCAUACUUAUAGCACCGCACGCGCGCGCAAAAAAAAAAAAAGAACAACGUAAACUCCGUACCCGAUCGACGACCUCGUGUAUCCAGUCUGGCAUGCUGUCCUCCGCGAGAAAGAGACAGUCCUCGGGAACGUCGCUGUUGCACCUGGUAUUUCGCGCACCAACUCCGAUCGCCUGUCCGUGAGCCGUGAGGGACGGUGAGGCCUCCUCCGUGAACAGCAUAGUGCGACAGCGUUUGCACUUGAUCUCCGUGAUCUGUGUGUGUGUGUGUGCGUGUGCAACAUAGUUUAUUACAAGAAUAGCGAGAGCGUGGCAUCAGGUAUAUUUUCAAGAGAGCAAUGGCGUAACCUAGUUUCGCGAAAACUCACUUUGGCGGGCAUUUCGAGGAGCAGAAGAGAUCUCUCGUGUAAUUACGCAGGUAUACGCUGCUCGCUCUGCAGGUGAGCGAGGGGGAAGGGGUAAUGCUUGUUAUUGUUCAACGCGUGUGUAUCGACGGCUAGAAGAGCUGAGCUACGCAGCAACUGCAGCAGCAAGCGCAGCGCGAGUACUGCUGGCGAUCAUCGUUGCAGGCUAAAAUGAACCAGCUAGUCCCACGCGCGCACACAGGUUAGAAUCGCUCGUGUGUGCGUGUAUGUUCAUAUGUAUAUAUGCAUUCGAAGCGGAGCGGAGGUGAAGGGAGCGAGAGAGAUAGUUGGAAAAUAAAACAGCUGGUCGCGCGACAAUAUGAUAUAAACGUGCGCGCCGAUGGGCGAAAGCGCGCUGGAUUUGAAUCGAGAUGGAGACGACGCAGACUAUGACCAAAUUGAGCAGAUUCGAGACGUGGUUAUGCGUGGCUGGAUGGUCCGGAGCUGUGUUUUAUUCGAUCUACUGCGUUCAUCUGUCGACCGAUAGAUAUUUUAGAGACUAUGAUGAUGCCUACAGUGAUUUCGCACCUGGAUGGUCCUUUGUCAAAAGAAAAGUUGAUGUCUCAGAUGAAGAGUGGAGGAUAUGGAUUCCUCUGAUGUUUCAGCUGGUUCCUUGGAUUGUUGUGCAAGUUUUCGUUAGUCAGUGCCUUAAAAUAUUGUGUCAUAAUAAGACUUUACUGUGCAGCUGGUACGCAGCAUUAUCUGUUAUAUUUUUAUGGAAUUAUUUUGGACUGCUGAGUACGCUCUGCACACUGUUACUACCAUGCAUUUCCUGCCUUCUGGCUUCGCUGAGAAGCAAAGUUAUUUCAUGGAUAGUUCACACUGCGACAUUAGCCCUUAUUUACUAUGCUAAGGUAUCAGAUGUGAUCUUCAGGGAAUGGUUGAUGCUGGAGGAUGAAGAAUAUUUUAUGCUGACAGCUGCAGUAUGCUGGAUUCAACUGAGGAGCAUCAGCUACAGUAUUGACAGCAUUGAAAGUUACAAACAUAUCGAUGUUUGGGGUUUCAUACAAGAUUUGCUACAAAAUUUAGCUUACUGUUUGUACUUGCCAACUCUUUUCUUGGGACCAGUAAUUCUCUAUCAACAAUUUCUGGACGGGGUAAAUAAGCCAUUCACACAAUGGGGUAAAGAGAAAUCGCUGAGGAUAUUUUCUAGUCUAGUCCGCUAUACAUUUUGGAUGUAUUUUACACAAUUAGCUUUACACUACGUCUACUUCAAUGCACUAAGAUUCCAUCCAGAAUUUGUGAUAAGCCUCAGACCAUGGGCAUUUUAUGGAUUAGGAUACUGCAUGGGGCAGUAUUUUUUGAACAAAUAUGUUGUCGUCUACGGACUCACUUCUACUGUAUGCAGAGCCGAAGACAUUGAUGCUCCACCUCAGCCAAAAUGCAUUGGAAGAAUACACUUGUAUUCAGACAUGUGGAAACACUUUGAUAGAGGAUUAUACAAAUUUCUUUUGAGAUAUAUUUACAUUCCCUGCAACCCUAAGUCGGCUAUUGGGAAAUUUUUUGCCUCAGCUGUGUGCUUCACAUUUAUAUAUCUGUGGCACGGCAUGCAUUUAUAUAUUUUUAUAUGGGCGUUCCUAAACUUUUUUGGACUGUUUAUAGAAACUAUGGCGAAGUCUAUAAGCGGAUUCUUUUACCAAAAUAUCAUAGGUAUUUCUAUAAGUCCGCAAAAUAAACGACGACUGGAAUGUAUGAUUUCAAGUCCGCUUUUAGCUUUGUCUGCUAUAUCAAACUUUUACUUCUUUGCUGGAGAUGAAAUCGGACACAUGUACAUUUACAGAGUUUUCCGAGAGUCUUGGACAGCUACUGCAACACUGUUACUCGCCUUAUAUGGCUGUUGUCAGACGUCUACAGAAAUAAAGCAGUUGGAGAAGGGCAAAGUGUUGAAUGAAAGCAAAGAUAAAGUUAAAAAUAAGAUUUUGUAAUUUUUCAAGAUUUAUAGAUGUAAGUACAAAAUAUACAUGAUUACGCAAAAUACAUAACUUUUUAUAAUAAAUACGUACGUAAUAUACGGAUAUGAUCGGUAUACUCAAUUGACUUAAUCUACAUUGUACAUAGUUAUAAGAUUCUUGGGCUAUAAUUUGGUGAAAUUGCAGUCAGACUUACUAAAGAAAGUCCUGCAUUGUCUUAUUAAUCUUUAAAUUACUUGAUAAGAAGAAAUUGCAAUAUUCUGAGUAAAUAUUUUCUUUCGUGAUUUUUUUGAUUGACAUUUAUCACAAAUGAAAAUAUCAGCAAAUUAAGCGUUUAAACUUUUCUUUUUGUACUAAAACAUCGGAAGAUGUAACUUGCAUGAAUCGUAGAAGAAUCACCGCUUCGACGAACCAUCUGCGUCAAGAGCUGAAACCAAACAAAUUCAAAUUAUAAAUCAUUUCAUAAUAGCGAAUAAAAUUCACCAAUGUAACAUAAAA